AUUUUCCGAUGCAAAAAGAGAAAAGAGUGAGAAACAUAGAGGGACUGAGACAGAAUAUAAGUGAAUGAGUGAGAGAGAAAGAGUGCAUGGAAUAUUGGAAAAGAGAGUGAAGAAGCAAAAAAGGUAAAGCUAGAGCGGCAAGAGAAAAAAAAUCGUUCAGCCGUCGGCGGGGGACAAGAGAGGCGGUGGAUCGAGCGAUUGUGUGUUGUCGGAUAAUGUCGGACCGAGAAAGCGGCGAUGAACAGCCUCAAAGCCAGAGACAAGCUUCAAAUGGAGCUGCAGGUUCAGAUUCUGGCCAACAACAACAAGGUAAUGAACUGGAAUUGGCUACAAAAAUGCUUCAAAUACAGUCCAAACGAUUUUAUUUGGAUGUCAAGCAAAAUAGAAGAGGAAAAUUCAUUAAAGUUGCUGAAAUUGGGGCUGAUGGUAGAAGAAGUCAAAUAUUUUUGGCUUUGUCAACAGCAGCUGAUUUUAGAGAUCAUCUUGGAACUUUCAGCGAGUAUUAUUCACAACUAGGCCCACCAAACCCUGAUACAGUUCCAGAAGAUGGCAAGUUAAAAUCUGAAAUGAUGAUCAAAGAUAAUCGCCGAUACUAUUUAGAUCUUAAAGAAAAUGCUCGUGGAAGAUUCCUCCGUGUAUCUCAAACUAUUACUCGUGGUGGACCACGUUCACAAGUUGCUAUUCCAGCACAAGGAAUGAUUGAAUUUCGUGACAAUUUGACAGAUUUAUUAGACGAGUUUGGAACAGAUGAUGGUGGGUUUAAAGGAGACUUGCCUGAUGGGCGUCAUAUGAGGGUUGAUAAUAAAAAUUUCUAUUUUGAUGUCGGCCAAAAUAAUCGUGGAAUUUAUAUGCGUAUAUCGGAGGUAAAAGGAAAUUUCAGAACUGCAAUUACAGUACCUGAAAAAUCUUGGUCUCGGUUCCGUGAUUACUUUAAUGACUAUUGCGAUAAGAUGGUUGAGUGCAACGAGAAAAGUAAUGUAGCAGCCACAUUGACUACUGAAAGUCCACAAUAAAUCUCUAUAGAAACAAUUGAUUAAGAAAGUUAUACAAUUAAUUUGUUCUCACUUAUACACUAAAACACAUAUACAUAAAAAAAGAAAAUAAUUGAUAAUCGAAAAUUGUUUUCAUAAUUCAAGCUGGUCUAAAGAACUGUAUAAUAUAACAAGGUGGUGGGGAUGAUUUUCAUCCAAGAAUGUGAAUUUACUGUGGUUAUGAAUAAUGUUCUAUUUUGCACAUGAGUUACCGUUGAUUGUGCAACACAAAAGUAUUUUAUGCUUGUUUUAAAUAACAGUCUAAAUUUCUUUAUUAGUGCAAUAUUUGUUGAAAAUUUGUCUAGACUUUUAAAUUCUAGUGACUUCUACUACCAGAUGGAUGUUUUUGUUUUAUAUUUUAUUGCAAUUGUUAUUAAAUUUACAAUUAAAUGUUAUUCUGCAAGUUGACAAUUGUUAUAUUACGUUAUUCUAGCUAUAAUGAAUCAUUCCAAAAUUCAGUUGUUAUUAAUUUUUAAAUAAUAUAUUAUAUUCAAUCACACACACACACAUACAAAUACAUGUGUGUAACUUAAAAAAAUAUUUUAUCAGUAAAAAAUUUUAAUUAAAAACCUGAUAGCAUACCUCUCUAAUGUAUUUUUCUUUGCUUUUAAAAUUUUGUAGUGUUUUAAUUAUAGUUUUUUAAGUACAAAAGUAUAAAUACAAUAGUAUUAUAAAAAUACAUUUAAAAUAAAAUUGUAAAUUGUUAAGAUAAUGUAUCUGACUCAUUAGAGUCUUGUAUAGAUAUAUGUAUUAUUUAAAUUUUGGGAUAAAAAAACUUUAUUGAAGUGAAUGUUAAGAAGUUGGUAUAUAUCUUUAAAUUGAUUUGCUUCAUUUUUUUUUUAAUAGAAAAAAAAAUUUAUUAUAUAAUUUGUCUAAAUGUUUAACAUUUUUUGUUAACCCUAUAAUUUUUAUGUGUACUUAAAAAUAUUUAUUUUUGAAUAAGAAAUUCUAUUGGUUUGUUAUAGUCUGUGUCGGGUGUGUAUAAGGAGAGGAUACUUUCCUCGCUGGUCUGUGAUUUUGAGAAUAGAACAAUUAGAAAUUACAUAUAUUUUUCUGCUAAAAUUAAUGGACUUACCAAUUUUUCUUUUGUGUUGGGCGAGUAUGAAAAUUUCAUGUUAUGCUCAAGGCUAAUAUCCAUUUAUUUCUGUCAAUUGAAGAGAUUUGAGUAAAUGAAAAGUUAUAGGAUUCAAAGACACUGCCAUUCUAAAUUUUCCCAAAUUAUGUUAUUUUAUUUAGCAGAUACCUUGUUGAAACCUUGUAUUAAUUUAUGAAAGUGCUAGCAAAUUUAAAGUUUAUUUUAUGUUAAACAUAAAUAAUAUAAAAUUAUUAGAUAAAAUGAAAAAUAUUAAAAAAAUUUUCCAAUUAAGAAAAAAUA